UCUGUGUGUGUGUGUGUGUGUGUGUGUGUGUGUGUGUCUAGGCUAGCCUGGAGUCUCUCAGCCUCACCUGCCAGACAACACCGACUCCCUCCACACCCUGCCAGCUAUAUUCUCCUGAAAUCUCCAUCUCCAUCUCAGCCAGCCCAGACAAUGCCUCCCAACCUCACCGGCUACUACCGCUUUGUCUCACAGAAGAACAUGGAGAACUACCUGCAAGCCCUAAACAUCAGCAUGCCUCUGCGGAAGAUAGCACUGCUGCUCAAGCCAGACAAGGAGAUUGACCAUCAGGGCAACCACAUGAUAGUGAAGACCCUCAGCACGUUCCACAACUACAUUCUGGAAUUCGAGGUGGGAGUUGAGUUUGAGGAGGAUCUAAGGAUCGUGGAUGGACGAAAAUGCCAGACCAUUGUAACCUGGGAGGAGGAGCAGGUGGUUUGUGUGCAGAAAGGGGAGGUCCCCAACCGAGGCUGGAGACACUGGCUGGAGGGAGAGAAGUUGUAUCUGGAACUGACUGCAAGGGAUGCAGUAUGCGAGCAGGUCUUCAGGAAGGUCAAGUAGCCAGAGGAGAGCUGAGGGCCCCUCCAGACUGCACUGGUCCCCAGACUCCUCUUGCUCAUAACCCUUCAAGCCCAGAUUGUCCCAGGUCAGCAGUCCCUUUCUCGGGCCACUUACUCUGCCUCCAGUUCUCUCCUCACCCCUCCCCAUGUUAAUCUAUAACUUGCAGCCCCCGGGCCAAAGUCCUUUUUCCUCACACUCCAUUGCUCAAUAGUGGCCUCAGAUCCAAUUCCUGGUCUGGCCUCCUGGAUGAAAGAACUGGACAAAGGGGAAAGACCCCUUGAGAACAAUGGAUCUCAACUCUCUUUAGUUCAUUUGGUCCCUUAUUUUCCAUCUAAGAAAGAACUAACCUUUGAGUAUUUGGGGACAAGUGAGAAUUUUGUCCCGGUGGAACUUUUGGAAAAUUGACUGGGGUUCAAGAAUUUAAACAGGAACUACUG